AUGACAAAAUUAACAUUAUACGAUAAAUUUUCUAUAAUUGCAAUAUUUUUAAUGUCAUGUGUAAUCAUUCUUGUUAUUCCAUCAUUUAAAAUAUCAUGGUAUAAUUUUACUCAGUUUACUGGUGAAGCCACCGAUAUAGAAUAUAGAUUUUAUUAUAAUCAUAUGACUAUCGACCAUACCAAUGUAUCUGUCUAUCAGGAAACCGAUCCAAGAGAUGUUGGUCUUAAUAGUGUUAAUAAGAUAAUCUCUGUAUCAUACAUUUUCAAUAUUCUAAUCUGUGCUUUCUGUUGUCUUACCUUGGUAGUGGUGAUUCUACACAGAGUAUUCUUUGUUAGACACAUUGUUUUUUCGUUUAUCAGUAGAUACAGUCUGAUUUUGGUUUUCUUUUUCUCGGUCUUAUCAACAUUUAUCCCAAGAUUGAUGUCAAUGGCAAUUAAUUCAGAUUGUGAUAAUAUUACACAAGUCAAUACAACUAUUGGAGGUAGAUUCUGUAUGGACAUGAACGGAACUGGUAGUAAAUAUUUCUCAAAUGGUGUCAAAGCUGGUGGAUUGAGUUGGGGAUUUGAUAUUGGAUGGUCGUUCAGUCCUAUUCUUGCACCAUUUAUUAUUUUAGGUCAAAUAGUAUUGUAUUUAAGUGAACCAUUGUAUGGUUCGAAUCCAGUCCAUUCAUACAAGAUCAUUCGUCAUUGA